GUCAGUGGAAAAGUGCUUGCGUCAGAGCCCUGCCAGGGGUAUAAAGGCAGCACCGCCGCGGUAACAGCACUGAGUGCACACGGCAACCGAACUCCCCUGCCCUCACGCCGCCAUGACUUCCGUUGGCUACGACCCCUACUUCACCUCCUACAAGCGCCGAUAUGUGGAGAGCAGCCCCAGGGUGGUGCACAUCUCCGGGGUGCGCAGCGCAGGAUACGGGGGCGCCCGCUCGGUCUACUCCAGCCACUCGGCUCCGCUGUCCACCUCGGUGGGCACAGCCCGCCACCGCCCCUAUGGCCUCUCCGCCUCCUCCGCCUCCUCUCUCCUCAUGGCGGCGGACUUCGACCUGAGCCAGGCCACGCAGGUGGGGAGCGAGUUCAAGACCGUCCGCACCCAGGAGAAAGCCCAGCUGCAGGAGCUGAACGACCGCUUCGCCAGCUUCAUCGAGCGCGUGCACGAGCUGGAGCAGCAGAACAAGGUGCUGGAGGCUGAGCUGCUGGUGCUCCGGCAGAAGCACGUGGAGCCCUCCCGGCUCCAGGCGCUGUACGAGCACGAGAUCCGGGAGCUGCGGGCCGCCGUGGAAGAGGCGCGGGGCGAGAAGCAGGCGGCACAGAACGAGCGCGACGGCCUGGAGGAUGCCCUGCGGGGCCUGCAGAGCCGCUACGAGGAGGAAGUGCUGAGCCGCGAGGAAGCGGAGGGACGGCUGAUGGAGACCCGCAAGGUGGCAGACGAGGCUGCCCUCGGCCGAGCCGAGCUGGAGAAGCGGGCCGAGACGCUGCUGGACGAGAUCGCCUUCCUGAAGCGGGUGCACGAGGAGGAGAUCGCCGAGCUGCAGGCGCAGGUGCAGUACGCCCAGAUCUCCGUGGAGAUGGAGGUGGCCAAGCCCGACCUCUCUGCUGCCCUCCGCGACAUCCGCUCCCAGUACGAGAAGCUGGCCGCACGCAACAUGCAGGCCGCCGAGGACUGGUUCAAGAGCAAGUUCACCGUGCUGACCGAGACGGCGGCCCGCAACACCGACGCUGUGCGCAACGCCAAGGACGAGGUGGGCGAAUACCGGCGCCAGCUCAAGGCUCGCAGCCUGGAGAUCGAGGCGUGCCGGGGCAUGAACGAGGCCCUGGAGAAACAGCUGCAGGAUCUGGAGGAGAAGCAGAAUGCUGACAUCGCCGCUCUUCAGGAAACCAUCAGCCAGCUGGAGAACGAGCUGAGGAGCACUAAGAACGAGAUGGCGCGCUACCUGAAGGAGUACCAGGACUUGCUCAAUGUGAAGAUGGCUCUGGAUAUUGAAAUCGCAGCUUACAGGAAACUGCUGGAAGGGGAGGAGACGCGGUUCAGCGUUGGAGGCAUGGCGAGCACUUUCACCCAGAGCGCGGCCCCCAUGUUCAGCCGCUCGCUCUUCUCCCUCCAGAGCAGCUCGGCCAGCAGCAUCAGCGCCCCCUACCUGCUGAGCAGCCGUCUGCUGAGCUCCGCCUUUUCUGCCAGCCACGCCCAGGAGGUGGAGGAAGUCAUCCAGGCCAGCCAAUCAGAGCAGGCCGAAGCAGCCCCGCCUGCAGAGGAGGAAGAGGCGGAGGAGGAGGCGGAACAGAAGGAGGGAGAGGAAGAGGCUGCCGAGGAAGGCGGUGAGGAAGAGGAGGCCGAGGAGGCAGAGAAAGAGGAAGCUGGGGAAGAGGGAGAGGAAGAGGCAGGAGAGAAGGAUGAGGGUGAGGGUGAAGGACAGGGAGAGGGAGAGGAAGAAGCUGAAGCAGAGGGAGAAGGAGAGGCAGAGGCAGAAGGAGAGGGAGAAGGAGAAGGAGGUGAAGAGGCUGAAGAAGGAGAGGCGGAGGCCACAGCCGAGGCAGGAGAAGAUGCAGAGGAGGCCCAAGAAGAGGAAGAGGAGGGAAAGGAAGAGAAGGAAGAAGAAAAGAAGGAGAAAAAGCCAGAGGAGAAGAAGGACUGAGCCCAGAACUGAGAAACCGACCUCCAGCCAACGAACGAACUCCCCACCACAACGGACACUGACUUCACACGCGUGCUAGCCACUAGAUGGUGCUCUAUGCAAAAAAAUAAAUAAUAGAUCAGUACAAUCGAAAGAAAAAAGAGACCCUUGAUUGCUUGCAAAAGAUCCUUAAAUUGCUAAAUACAAAAAAGAGCGAGCGAAUAUUGUAGAAUUAGCAUGGUCAUGUUUGCCUCUGUAUGUGUGUGCGUGCGAGUGUGUGGAACAGAACACAAGUUAUGUGUCAGUCUGCAGAACUCAAUGCAAUUAAACACUUUACUGUACUGUAUGUGUCACCGAAAUGCGCCUAAUUAAACACAAGAGUGUCUUCAAGAAUACAAAUGACCACUUGAAAUGUUAAAAUCCUUACUCAAUUUACGCUGUGGGUUCCUGCAGUUGAUGUGAAUAAAGAUUGAAGAUCUGCUCGUAA